CACAAUUUUUACAGAUAUGCCACUGAAGUGGUGCAGCCUUCCUGUGCUUUUUGCUGUUGUAGCUGGCUUGGUUGUGAUGGAGCAGACCACAAGAGAAACAUUGGAGGGUCCCUGUCUGUUUCAACUCAAGACCUCAAGACUUCUCAAGAAGCCACCUCUCAGCUGUCAGAAGUGUCCACUUCUAUGAAUCUUCAAACAAUGAAUGAUGUCAACCAGGACUCUUCUCCCACGUAUGGAACGACACAUUGGACAACUGAAACAGGUAGAACUGAAACAGAGGCGUCUGAAACCACAUUGACAUCAACUGUAAUCACUAACACUUCAGAGCUUGGUGGGUAUGUCCAUCCAGAUGUCAAGGUGAAAACCACAACUGAGUCAUCCAGCACUUUGACUUCUACAAAGAAGCUACCAACAAGCCCCUAUCCAGUGACCACAGCUCCACCAGUUGUGACUACUACAAUAAAAGCUAAUGAAUCAAUUCCCUUAAAACCAACCGUUCCCUUUAUUAGCAAAAUUGUCAAGACAACCACCAGAAGUAAUAACAGGCUUACAACUGCUCAGGCUACACGCAAAAAAAUUAGCCUUGUUGCUCAGUGCCUCAUAGCAAUUGCUAUUCUAGCAGGAGUCUGCACUGUCUUUGUCAUAUGUACUGUUGUCUUGUGUACCAAGCUCUCGAGUCAAAGACAGAACUAUAGAGUCAACCGGUCAAAUGGCACUGAGCUGAUCUGCAUUUCUGCUCUUUUGCCUGAGGAUGAAAGGAAGCUGAGGAGAAAAAUGAGGGCAAAACGGCUUCGAGAUCUCAAAGAGACCACAAUUGGCCAGAACAGUGACAGCGAUGAGGAUGACCUUACCCUCCAUAGCUUUGUGACUGAACACUAGACUGUUCCAUUAAGCUUUGGACUCAAGCCUCUCUUUCCGCUCUCCAAAUAACCAAGUAAUAACCUUUGGAUCAAUUGUAAACUGAUGAACUGAGUCUCUUGUUUUGGUUAAUGAGAAAGUGUCUCUGAGGAUGUUCCAUGGUUGACGACUGCAAAGUGUUGAUGAACUCAUGGUUUGCUCUUCACUGCAUAUUUAAACCCUUCAGAUCUACAGAGAUUCCUCUGUUGUUUGUUAAGCUUUAGCCAUAAACUGAGUCCUGAUUCCAGCCAUUGAUGCCUAUAAACAGUGUUGUGCUUAUGUCGCUACACAAAAAAAGACAUAUUUUUAAGACUUUGUAUUUACACUUCUUAUUAAAAAAGAAAUGUAAACAUGCUUUAUACGCUACCCUUUGAAGGGCAAGCUAGUUAGAUAUUGAAUAAUUCUAAGGUCACAAAACAAAGUGGUAUGAUUGGGAAAAAGGUGCUAACAUCUGCUUGAAGGAACCUGCCAAACGUAAGAGCUAACAUCAGAAGCUUGAUGUGUUUCUGUUGCAAAAUUGUAUAAUCAGGUGAUCCACAAUGUUCAUUCUUAGCACCACAGCUCAGAGCAGCAUUUAGCAAAUUGGUGUUACGUUACUAAAUGACACUAUGCCAUUAAUUUCCUAGUGGCUUUUAGAAUUAAGAAGGCUUUUUUUGUAAGAUGAAAAGAGGAGAACUCUAUCUGUAAAGGCUCUGGUGAAGGGCCAUUGAAUUAAAUUAAUUACCAAGAGUAAUCAAAGAAUGAAGCAGAUGGUUUAUUUUCUGCUAAAGGAUGUAGUUGAAGGAAGUAAUUCAUGCAAAGCAAGAACAUGUUAUUCAGAAUAAGAUAUGGAGACAAGAGUUAGAAUAAGGGUUACAAUUAGUUUUGGAUUGCACUAAUGAAGAGCUGGCACAUAGUGGAAUAAAUCACCUCCUUCUACAGCUCAACGAACAAACAGUUUUAGACUGCCUUGUAGUUAUUGAGGACCAUCAGGAAAGGAAUGUAGUAGUUGCCUUCUUCUCCAGAAGAAUAAUCAUCUUUAGAGAGCUUUGCCCCGAUGUGCCAUCCUGCCAAUCGGUACCCUCUAAUACUGGCACCAGCAGAGUUUGAGGGCUCUGUGAGAUAACGUUACAUUGGUAUUGACUGAGCAGGUACAAGCUUCAGAAAGCUCUUGUAAAGAGCCAGCGCAGGUAAGGCAGACCAAAUGGCCUCCCUUCAGCGCAGAUUAACUGAGAAGAUUAUUAUAGGAAUAAGAAGUAGGAGAAUUUCCUAUGUAAAAAGGAGCCUGCAGCAACAUGCAGGAAGUGGGUGUGUCACUGGAUGUACCUGAUUUCAAAGUGGGGCUUUUAGCAUUUUUCCAUAAUACCUACCCAGGUAAAGAGGAAGCUGAUGAUCAAACUCAUCCUCUGUUCCUGUAAAGAAUACAGUUAAAAGCGAAGGUUUCUAUGAACUGCAAUGUGUCAUCUGACAUCACUUUGGAGCAGAGAGGGUUAUAGUAGUUUUAUAAAUUUUGACUGCACAGGGAAAGGUUAUGUUUUUCUUUAGCUACUUAUCAGUAAAUGUAAGACAGUGCACAAACUGGAAUUCUCAGCCAUUUCUAAAUAAACUCAACCUU